AUGCUGUGCCACCCUGUGCCGUGCCACCCUGUGCCAUCCCGUGUCACCCCAUGCUGUGCCACCCUGUGCCGUGCCACGACACCCUGUUCUGUCCCAUGUCGCCCCAUGCUGUGCCACCCUGUGCCAUGUCACCCCAUGCUGUCCCACGUCACCCCAUGCCAUGCCACCCUGUGCU